AUGAAGCUCUUCAACGUGAUCACUACCUUCUUCGGUCUUGCCGCAGCUCUCCCCACUGCCAUCAAGCUUGCUCCUUCCACGGAAUCCCACUCCAUUCAAGGCAUAGAUAAGCGCGCCAAGGCGUGUAUACCCAAAUGUCAGGGCGCCGCGGAUGAUCUCCGGGACUGUAAUUAUAGACCCUCUUGUCAGGGUGGCACAUACUGGUGGCGCGAGUUAAACAACGCAUAUAACAACUGCUGCCGUGGCGCGAAGCUGAUACACUCCGAGAACGUUGUUAUCAAGGCUGUCGACCUCGACUCUGAUACCGCGGGCGACCCAGCCGGCAACCCCGCUGAUUACGUCGACCCGGCCGGAGGCAAGGUGGAAGGAGUUUAG